AAUCCAAAUUCUAAGUACACAUGGCCCAGAUUGAUUUACAGUGCUCUUCGAGCUCCAACGUACCACAUUUAUUUCGAGAUUCUUCUCAUAAUUGGGAUAGUUUGGCUGCUUUUCAAAAGGAGUUACAAGAUACAAGAAAAUGUUGAGCUUACAGAGAAAGAAAAACUUACCCUUAUCAGAGAAUGGACGCCUGAUUCUCUAGUUCCAGCCGAGUGGGAAGUACCUGCGCAUCUAUCAAAGCAUUUUCAUGUAGGAGCCUCUACUGUACUUGGAAAGUAUGUGGAAUACGAAAAUAAAGAUCCCAUUUCCUCUGAAUCCCACGCAAAGGUUUUUUUGAAUCUUUCCUCUUUCAACUUUCUUAAUUUUGUUGGAGAAAAGAGGUUGAAUGAAGCAGCUAUCAAGAGUAUGCAUAAAUAUGGCGUGGGCUCUUGCGGACCCCGAGGUUUUUAUGGGACCUUUGACGUCCAUUUGGAUCUGGAACAAAUACUUGAGAAAUUUCUAGGGGUUGAGGAGGUGGCUGUGUACUCUUAUGGUUUCUCAACUGUGGCUAGUGCCAUUCCCUCAUAUGCAAAACGGACAGAUGUUAUAUUUGCCGACGAAGGUAUCAGCCUAGCAUGUUUUCAAGGCUUAGUCGCAUCCCGAAGCCGCAUCUGCUUUUUCCGCCACAAUGAUUUGGCUCAUCUGGAGCAAUUAUUAAUGAAGCAGGCCUUAGAAGACCAGAAGGAUAUGAAGAAGGCCCAGGCUACUCGGCGUUUUCUCGUUAUAGAAGGCUUGUAUCUUGACUAUGGUGAUAUCUGUCCUUUGCCUGAACUUAUUGCCCUUAAAUACAAAUACAAGGUGCGAAUAAUUCUAGAUGAAACUGUUUCAUUUGGAGUUCUGGGUUCUACUGGACGUGGGGUUACGGAGCACUUUGGAAUCGAACCGGAACAUAUUGAUCUAAUUACAGGUUGGCCUAGGUCAAGUUUUGUACCCCUGCAAAAGUUGUUUUUAUGUCCUUUUUCUGUAUCAUUUACCUUCCAAACACCACAACACUCACUGUCGCAAUACACAGAUAUGGUGUAUACUUAA